UUCCUGGACAGUUUGGGCGGAGUGAGUGCUUCUGCUGCGGGAGAACAGCUCAUAGAUGGAACAGCUCUGUCUCUGCACAGGAAUCAGGACUUUCCAGUAACAGCAAAGACUCCAGUUGACUCUCUGUGAAAGCCUCACUGUGCACACAGACAGUAGUUCACACCUUAGCUCGGAUCCCGGUGCAGAAUUCUCCAUCGCCAGCAGCACCAGAGGGACCCGUUUCAUAUUUGGACCCGGUGCUGCAGCAGCGACGGCCCUCCGACUGGCUGAGAUCCAGAGUCAGACCCAGAUUGCUCUGCGGCAGCUCGCUACGUUAGCGACCAUCGUCGUUGCUGGCGGGUUUGUGGCGGCUUUACCUCCUCACCUGAUCCUCCUAAGUCUUCUUUACAGACAGCAGGUUUUGGCUGUGGGGUUUAACGUGAACACAAACAGUAAAGCUAACAGAACCAUGUAUCACCAACACUCCCAGCAACAGGGAUCACAGACUUUCUCUACCGGACCUAGACCUCCUCACCAGCCUCCUCCAAACCAGCAUCAGAGUCACACCAACAUGCCGGUGAUGAAUUUCCCUUUUCCUCGUCCCACCCAACUUCCUGAUGAGCUAGAAUCUGCCCUGGCUAUUCGAGGUGCCAGGGACAUGGACCACCGCCAAAUUGACCACCUGAAUCGACCCGGCCUUCACCAGAACCCGGGUUCAGGUUCUGGGAUCAGUCAGCAUGGAAGCUACGGCUCUAACCCGGUAUCGCUUCCUGCUGAUAAUCAGCCCGGUCACCAGCAGGGGGUAGACUGGUCCAGCUAUCAACCUCCAAAUAAGCUGUUUGCCAGUCCUAAUGCAAGCCACCAGGGGCCCCAACAACACCAGGGACCCCAACCCCAGAGCAGUCAAGGAGGAACACGAGUUCCAAACUGGACUCCUCCUGUAAGUGACUCCCUGUCUCCCCAAGCCCGGCAUCCCCACGGUGGCUCUGGAGAUGGUCAGGGUUUGUACACACCAGAGAGUGCAGGAAGCAUCUUGGCUAGCUUUGGACUUUCAAAUGAGGACUUGGAAGUGCUGAGUCACUACCCAGAUGACCAGCUAACCCCAGAUACUCUACCCUUCAUUCUCCGUGACAUACAGAUCAACAAGUCAGGCACCCAGAAAACGGCGGCUUCUGUCUCCUCAUCUUCAUUUUCUCGUAGCAUUCAUGACAUGCCUACAUCCCACUCAUCUCCUCUGGCACCGUCCACGUCCACAGAGGUGCCCAGCCUUCUAACUGUUACACAGACAGCCGGUAAAGUCAUUGAUUAUGGUCACGCCAGUCGGGCAAAGGAAGAGAACAGUACCAGAGAGACUUUCAAAAGAGAGCCGCUGUCCAGUGAAAGGACGGUUAAAAUGUACACCGUGUCGUCAUCGUCCUCAUCGGCUCCAAAACUGGAGAAAAGCGAAAGGCGACAAGUUCAUCUGGAACAUACGGAAUCAAGCAAGCAUGGAGACAGGGACUAUCGCAGGACAAGUGGCGACCAACGCAAGAACAGUCGGUCACCGGGGAGAGAAUUCCCAUCGUCGCCAUCAUCCCGUAAUCUAGACAGGGACUACAGGCGAGAAAGAUCCAAACUAAGGCCCUCGUCUGAAACCAGGAGCGAGGGUUCCUCAAGACGAUCUGUCUCAUCUUCAUCUGGAUCAAAACCUCGCAAGAAGUUACCUACGCCCACCAUGAUAAGUGAUUUCUCAGCUGUGUCUCCGAAGGUGUAUCCUCAUACCUGCUCCCUGUGCCACACACAGUGUGAUCAGGAAAAGGACUGGGUUGACCAUAUUAACACCGUCAACCACACUGCCGCCUGCAGAGAUCUGCGCAACAAGUAUCCAAACUGGAAACCAAAUCUACCAAGCUGGAGUGGACAGUAUGGCAGCCAGACUCAGUGGAACGUCAAGGAUCGAUCUUCACUUCAUUCCAUGUCUCGAUCCGUCUCUCACUCUCCUCCUCCAAGUCCUCCGGGUGGCAAACACAAGGUGGACCCCCACCUCCACAGGCCCCACGGCAGGCCUUACUCCCCCCCCAGUCACCCACGGCACCAUCAUUACAAAGAUCACAGGAGUCGUCUUGAGCACCGACCUUCUGGCUCCCACAGUCCCACCUAUUCAAGCCGAACCUCCCCAUCCUCCAGAGAGCACUGGCCUGACAGGAAGGACUCAUCAGGAGGUUUCCGUCGCAGUGGAGUGAAGCGUCCUCAUGAUGGGUCGUCCAGCCGCCAGUUCUCCUCCAUUCCAGCUCACAGCUUCAAACAUGGACCACCACAUCCCUCCAACAAAAGCUUCAAGGCUGUGAUGAAGCCUGGAGCCAAGACAGCUAAGAUGUGUGCUAAACCUCCACCGGCCAAGAAGAAGAAGAAAGCAGCGACGCCGGCCUCCCAGGACUCAUCUGUAGCCGACCGGCUGGUUUUUCUGACCGGCAUCCCAAAGGAUGCCUCAGAACAGGAAGUUACUGACUUGGUUGGAUCCUUUGGCAAGAUCAACAACGUGAUCCUCCUGCCGUGCUCGGAGGAGGAGACCGAGAAGGGCCAAGGACAGAAGGCGUCUGUCUGCAUGGUGAAGGCUGAAGACGCCCAGGCUCUGGCUACCUCCACCUGCCUCUGCAUCAGGAAGCAGCAGGUCACAGCUUCAGUAGCUAAGAAAUGUGAAGCAGGACAGUCUGCUGAAGCCAACAACAGCAGAGCAGCUCCAGGAGAGGAAAACUGUUCAGCUGGGAGCCCGUCUGUUGUGUCCCCCCAACCCCUCGCUGGAGGAGAAUCUGACCAGAAGACUUGUGAGGAGAAGGGCCUGGUCCUGAUCACUGGACUCCCUGAGACUGGCUGGUCCAGCAGUGAUGUCAUCAAUCUGGUCCAGUCGUUUGGGACUCCGUAUGACAUCAUCACGGCAUCACAGAUAGGAAAGGCUCUGGUGUCGCUAGAAAGCAUGGAGGUUGCUCAGGAGUUGGUGAAAGUUCACAGCUUCAUACCAGCGAAGAUCCAAGACUCUGAACUGAAAAUAAUCCUCCUCAAACAGCGCAUCGACCUCAGCACUCCAGUGGCGCUUUAUAACCUUAUGAUGGGAUCAGUGGAUCUAUUGGUGAGUACAUCUUCAUUUUUUCCACUUUAUUUUAAGCUGAAUUAACACAGAUGUACAUUACAGGUUGUUUUUAGCCUUCUUUCUUGGUAAUAAGUA